AUUUAGCUGCUGAUUCAGUAAACAAGUAUGGUUUCUCCCCUCUGCAGAAUGGCAGGAACCUGCUGCACUGCGCAGCUCAGAGAGGUCACAUCAAGGUGAUGGAGUUCAUUAUGGAGGACCUGGAGGACGUGCAUGUGGAUAAGACAGACAAGAUGGACAAGACGGCGUUUCAUCUGGCUGCAGAGCAUGGGAGGUUAGAAGUGGUGGAGUUCUUGAUUGGGUCAGGUUGUAGUCACAGUGUUAAAGACAAGGAAAAGAACACAGCCCUACAUUUAGCUGCUAAAAAUGGGCACCCCACGGUGCUGCAGAAGAUUGUAGAAAUUGGACUGGACCUAGAAGAAAAGAACAUGGUGAGUGGAAAACAAACCAGACCAGAGCGUCCCUUUCAUCCUUAGAGGUGAUCUCCCACACCAGCUGAUUUAACCAACCCUACUGGCCAGGACUGAUGGGGACUGUAUCUAGAACAAGUUUAUGUAGCGAUCUGGUUUGAUUUAAAAUGCACUGAUCCAAAGUGCUGGGCAUGAAUACAGAAUAUCGGUGAAAGACAAAAUACCUGUUGGAACCAACACCCAAGACCAAAAUCCCUCAUUGUGACACUUGUUUAUCUUCUCACCCUGCAUAUUCGGGAUGCCUAAACAGCUAAUGAAUUUUAUUUUAAAAUAAAUCUUGCUGAAACAAUGUUGCCUUAGUCACUGAACAAAUCACCCUUCUAUCUGAGAUCUUUCUCUCUACAGCUGAACAACGGAAGAGUCUGUGAUUGGAAUAUAGUUAAGGCUUUCUGGUUUUUUGAGGUUUAUGCAUUUCAUUUUGGGUGUUUAUUUUCUUAGCAAUUUUUGAUUUUUAUGUAAUAUCCAAAAAUCAGGGGAGAUUCAGGG